AUGCUUGGAAAUGUUCAGCUAGAGAUAGGAGUCGCCACCGUGGUCCUCCCAAGCACUCUGGGGCCAGCUUGGGAGCUGUUUGCCCUGGUCCUCAGCAAGUGCUGGAAUGUCACAAAGAUGGCACCGUCACCCAGACUUAUUCCUGAGUGGAAGGACUUGAAACUCUUCAUAAAUAAUAUGCUGAAGGAUCUAAAGUCUGCUGAGAAACCAAAGAAUGAGGUGAUUGUACUGAGUGACUGGCCUGAGGCAGUACUUUGGAUACAAAAGAAAAAUACAGAAGCAGAAGGAACAAUGGAGAAGAUGAUGUUUUGUGUGAUGGAUCAAGUACCACCCAUUGAAGCAAUGGUCCACACAGGUUCCUACCACAUGUUAGUUGCUUACUGUGGUGACAUGCACCUGUGGCUCUUUGGAGAUCACCAUCGAGCAUUCAUAUCCCUGGGCACAGUGCCCUGUCGUUUCUUCAUCAGCUGCCUCUGCUAUGACCCAGAAACGGAGGUGCUGCUGUCUGGUACCUUGGGGGCUGUGGUUACCUGGCUUAUCUUACCAAAUGGCAGGGACCUCCAGAUGGCACAAACAGUGCCCGUGUCUGGUCAUGAGCUUGUACAGGGCUUUUCCCUGAAUGGCCCCAAGGGGUCUCUCCUGGCCCUUUGUGAGAAUAAGGUAAGGGUCUUCACCCACCAGGGUCAGGGCCAGCUGAAAGAGGUAAGAAAGUUCACUCCCAUAGGCAGUGGCUCUUCCAUCACCUGCUCCUUCACUUGUGUCUCUCAGGGAUAUUUCUAUGCUGGAAACAAGGAUGGAGAGAUCCAUGCUUGGGGUCUAGACCAGGGUAACUUCCUCCACAGCUUUCAGGCCCAUUCCUCAUCAGUUAUAUGUGUUCACAGCCGGCCAGAGAUCCACACCUUACUGACAGCAGGCCGAGAAGGCACAGUAAGGGAAUGGAACCUUGCCGUUGGGAACUUGCUGCGGCAGCUGGAUAUUGGUGAGGGUCUGCGGCAACUGCAGUUUAUUGAUAACACCACUUUUUUCUGCCAGACUAUCCACGCUUUCUCACUGCACCACCUGCCUUAUUUUUAUAGCCUCUUCAAUGUCUGUGGUUCUGCUCCUGAGCAGGUGCACCGGGUCUGCUGUGGCCGAAAUUGGACUCGGAUCCUGUGUGCCACUAAGGAUGGUUUGUUGCGCUUCCUGUCUCCAGUGACAGGAGAUCUCCUGGUUCUCACCUGGCCUCUGCUUGUCAUGGAUAAGGCUGUGGCUUGGGCCUAUGACCCAGACAAUGAGGAGCUCUUUGUGGCAACAGGCAGCUCAGAGGUGCUGGUGUUUGAUGCAACGCGCUCGCCUUGCACAGCCAAGUAUAUGGUAUGCACUUCAGUAAACUCUAGGGACAGAGUAAGUUGCCUGGCCUAUGCACAGUCCCAUUUGGGUAUGGGCCUAGUAGGACUGAUGUUCUGUGGGCAUGACAGUGGCAUUGUGAGAAUCCUCUCCCACUAUAGCUAUGCCCGAAUAGAAAAGACUGUUCAUUCUGGGGCAGUUUUGGCCCUGUCUACCCUGGAAGGUCCCCAGGAAAACUCCUUGCUCUGUUCCUAUGGCAUGGAUAAUACUGUAUACCUGACAGAAGCUUUGCUGUGGAAGAACAAGGUAAUCCUGCAGUCCAUAAGCAAAAUUCUCUGUAGUUGCCCCCUGCAACACGUGAUACUGCUGCCGGGUUCUGUGGGUGCCAUCACUGACAACCACUGCUGGCGUCUCUGGCACUAUCAAGAUUUUCUGCAAUCUGCAGAAUCAAAACAAAGCUCUAUGUUUGAAGAGACAAAAUGCCUGCACCAGUGUGCCAUCACUUCAUUUGAUGUCUGCUCCUCCCUGAAACUUUUUGUCACAGGGGGCAUUGAUGGCUCAGUCCGGAUCUGGGACUUCCAUGGUAGACUCAUAACUGAGUUGGAUUCAGCACUGCAUUUUGGUCCACUCUGCUUUGCCAAUAAUCGGGGUGACCUGCUUUUGACUUUCAACCAGAGUCUUUACCUGGUAUCAUGCUUAAAAUUGCUCCCUCCUGCUCGGCUGAUUCACCUAGCUAUCCUAAAUAAUGCAGAUGAAAUACAAGAAGACCCUAAACUCUUUCUGCCUAGCUUCUUCUUUUCUUUUGAAAUAGUACUUGUACCCAAAUUUGUCUAUCUUGGACAAGGGCUGCAGGAAUUACAGGGGCUAGAGGCCCUUGUUAACAAACGGGUCAUUGCCUUUGACAAUACUGUGCCCCAUGUUGUAGAGGAAGAGAGACGUAUGCCUUCUCUGAUUCAAGUGGAACCCAAAUUACAUUUUUUGGAGGAUAAAGAUAUUGCUUUUUCUAUUCCUGACCCCAAGCAUAAUCAUCCCCCACAUGUGGUUCCUGCUCAACUACGGCUGGCUGGCUGGAAUGGGUUGAACCCCUAUCAUAAACUGCAUGGCUUCUUUGGUAAAGGGCGGCAAUGGCCCUUUGCUCCUGAUGGCUACAUCCCCAACUCAGUUAUCCGUGCCUGCCUUUGGCCUGACGGUACCCCAGUCUUCUUACGCCAUGACCUGUACCCAUCCUACCGAGAUACAGACUGGGACAUGACUGAACCCAUCAGAUGCCAGACACUGUCACCUAUGCCUCUAUCAGAAGAGAACAUCUCAAUGAGGAGAGAGAGGGAUAAAUCCAAGUGGUGGAAACGAACAUUCUAUGAUGUUCUAACAAGCUUGAUAAACCGAAAUUGGGCAGGAAGAAAACUUGAUGAAGGACUUCUAAAUAAUUUAAUUGAGGCAAUCCUCAGCCUCACAGUUUACUGUUCUAUAGACCAGUACACGACAUAUAUUAGUGCCCUGGCACAAAUUUUUGCCACUUACCAAGUAUCUCCAAGGUUGUGCUCUGAGACUGCCUGUCGCCUGCUGGAAGAUACACUCCAUCCCAACCCAUGCAUCCGUGAGCUAGCCUGGGAGGGGCUAGAUAUGCUUGGCAUCAUGAGCCAUCUCUUUGCUGUUCCACUGAGUCUGGGAUUGAUGGACAGUGAUGAAAAUGUGCGGGCUAAGGCUUUGUACCUUAUGAUGAGAGUCACAGGCAUCCAAAGUAAGAGCAUGCUGGUAGGCCUGCUGAAGGAACAAGAAACCCUCCAAAAAAUGCAGCGGGAACUUAUUGGAGAAACCUCUCUGGACCAGCUGCUGGGGAUCCAAGCUAACGACAUCCAGUGCCUGCUUACACGGGUGGAGCAGCAGCUAAAUGAAAACCUGACCUUGUCACACAGAGACCAACAACCUCCUUUUUCUUUAGACAUAUCAAUGGAUGGUGAACCUGAGACCUUUGUCAAACGAACAUUCAUACCUGAAGAGAUCACCAAACGAAAGAAAAGAAUGACAUAUGUUCCAGAAAAGAGAGAAAGUCUUAUUAAAAAGGACCUGAGAGUUUCCAGAAAGAAGAGAGAGACAGAGCUUGUAAAAUUUAGCUCUAUGUUGGUGCCUUCAGAGGAUGAAGGUGAACAGAGAGAGGCCAAGAAAUCAGAGCUAAUUGACACUGAGGAUGUUGCCUUAGAGCCAGAGCUGCCACUAAGUACUUUCAGCCCAGCCAAAUCUGAAGAGGUUGCUGAAUCAAAGGAGGUCAUGACAGAAGCUACAGAAGCUAUGGAAGCCACAGAAGAAGGAAGAGGCCACAUGGCAGUCACAGAGGCAGUGGAAGCCACACAGAUUAUGAGGGCCAUAGAUCAACAUGACAUGAAAGAUUAUGGAGAGAUAUUCCCUAAGCUGGAAAGACAAGAACUCAUGAAAAGACUCUGGGAAAGGGCAGUGGAAAAAAGCCAUGAAAAAGUAGCUGCGAAGUUGAAACAGAAAGAAAAUUUGAAGGAUAUUUCAAAGACGACUGCAGAAGAGCCCAAAGAAAAAGUCAUGCAGAUUGCUGAACAAGAAAAAGAUACAAGGAAGAAACUUGGAAAGGGUGGCCAAGGUUUGGCUGGUGCCCCUGGACACACGGGUGAAUCAGACACCAGGUCUUGGCGGAAUGACAUUUGCUAUCUUGCCACCUCAAGGAUAGCAAGUUCCCAUCCAGGAAUGUUAAGGGAUCUGGGUCAAGAAUUGGUGGACUUGGCUCGGGUGAUUCUUGCUCCCCAAGAGCCCAGUUGGGAUCUAUUCCACAAGAUCUGCCCCCUUUUAAAGGACUCCUCAGAAUCGGAGGAAAGAGUGGUAGAAGAACCAUCCACUAUAACAGAAAAGGUGGAUAAAGAGAUUGUCGAGGAAGAAGUGACAGAGUUGGGAAGACAAAGGGGAAAAGAAACAUUAGAGAAGGACAAGGCAUUUUCUCAAGUCAAGAAAAAGAAAGUUGCUUUCUUAGAUAAACUAGCCUUACAGAAAAGGAAAUUAAAAAGAGAAGCACGGGGACUGGCUAGGCAAGAUGGGAAAAUAGCUGAGGAAGAAAGGAAACUGAGUAAGCCAGAGAAGAAAUUAAUUCAGGGGGAAAGAAAGAGAGUGACCCAGAAAGAGGGGAGGGCAGCCCUGAAAAGGAGUAAGUGGGACUGGGAGAAGAUUAAGAUGGCCCAUGAAGAAGACAUGUGGCCCCAGGAAGAGGUGUUGCCUGUCUGGGGAGAGAGGAAAUUGUCCCAGGAAGAGGAAGAGCUGGGUGAGGAAGACGAGGAGCUGAGUGAGGAAGAGGAGGAGCCCUGUGAGGAAGAGAAGGAGUUCAGUGAGGAAGAACCAAGUGAGGAAGAAGAGGAACUGGCCUGGGAUGAAGAGGAACUAAUUCUGGACUUAAAGAAACAAGUUAAAGGUAUGAAGAAAAAGUCCCACAAAAAGAAGAAACACAUUCAAGGUAUAGAGAAACAUGUUGAAGAAGAGGCCCAGAAAAGGGGGGAAUUAGACCAGGAAGAGGAACAUUUGUCUAGUGAAGAGGAGGGACUGUCUGGGGAAGAAGAAAAACAGGCAUCAGAAAGGGGCAGCUUGGCAGAAGAAAAGAUGAAACUGGUCCCAGGAGAAGAGAAAAAGAUAGAAGAAAUUGAGAAAGUGUUCCCUCAAAAAGAGAAACGGGCCAUGGUGGGGGAAAAACAAGCUAAGAAAGAGGAGAAAUGGGUUGGGAAAGACAGGAAAGCCACUGACAAAAAAGAACAACAGACCCACAAAAAAGAGCAACUAGCCCUACAAGAGCAGAUACAGGCCCAAGAAGAGAGAAUAUGGGGUCAGAAAGAGGAGAACGAGAGUGAUAAAAAAAAACAACGGGCUUGGGUAAAAGAGAAAAUUUUUGUAGAAAGGGAGGAACACACUGGUGAAGUGGAGAAAAAGUCCCAGAAAAAUGAGGAGAAAGCAUUGAAGAAAAGACUGACCCAGAAAGACAGUGAAUUGGCCAAGGAGAAGAGGCAUAUUGCUAAGAGAAAAAAAGCAGUAGCCAGAAAGGGGAUUGGCAUAACUAAGAGAAAGAAAAAAACUGAGGAAGAGAAAGAAGUUGUGGAAGAAGAGGAAUUGUCCCAGGAAGAGAGGGAAUUGGCCUAUGACAUUAGGAUCAAGGAGAUGGGUGUUGCCAAGAAAAAAAGGAAAAGAACCAAAGAGGAGAGAAUACAAGCAGUGAGGAAAUUGGAUAUGGAGAAAGGGAUUCGUUCUGAAGACAAAGAGGCUAGUUCCAGUUUAAAAGAUAUAAGGAAGAAAGAGAGUAACCUGUUCAGGAUCCUGGCUAAAACAAUUAGAAAAAUGAGUAUAGUGCUACCAGAAGAAACAGAAAUAUGUGAGGAAGAGAGAUCAUUCAUGACAGGGAAGAGUGAAAUGGAUGGCCAGAAGUGGGAAUUUUUUAAGGAACAGGGGGAAAUAAUGAAAGAAGAGAAGGAGCUGGGUCAGGAAGAGGGAAAAGUAGAAGAUGAUAGGCUGGCCACCAAAGAGAGAACACUGACUGAUGGAGAGAGCUUGAAGGAGAACCGAAAGUUACUACAGAAGGUCCAGGGGAAGAUAUUAUUAGAUAGAGUCCAGAGAAUGCCUAGGAAAGUGUUUGGGGAUCAUUUAGAUUUGAAAGGUCAGGAAAGUCAACUUCUUGGAGCACACCCUGAGACAAGUUCUUGGAGAAGACAAGAGGAUGUGCUCUUGAAGAAAGCUAGGGGUAUGUUUUUACAAGGGAGGGGAACAGGCUUACAGGCCCAGAUCCCAGAAGGGCUCCAUAGGCCAGAGUCCCAUUUAUCUGAUAUGAUCAGGAAACCACAGAAACCUGAACAUAGACCCAAAGGUGACAUGUGGAAGUGGUUCUUGAAGUCCCGGGAUUUGCCAAUGGGGAAAACUGAGGGCCAGGUCGUAGGCCCAGCCCUAGCCUCAGCCCCAUCCCUUACUUCUGCACCAGCUGAAAGGCCAUGCUACUCAGAAGCAAGCUUCUCAGAUGAGGACUGGAUUAACAAUGCCUUAAUAAGGCUGGAAGCAGGAGAGCAGCUUUCCAGGAACAGUUUCCAAAGACUGCACCAGCUCCUCAGAAACUUCACUUCAAAGGGAUACUUGAAAUGGAUGCAUCUAUACAAUCUUAAAGCCAUUGCUAAACACUUCAGGAAGAAUCUAGAAGUAAGUCAUGCAGACAUAUCACAACCCUAUAAGGAUGUUUUGAGUCCAGUGCACUUAAAAGGGAUCCCUCCAAUUAGAAGAAAAGAAAAAUGGAGCCGGCUAGAGCCAUUCCCUGAAGCACUGCCCAUCCCUUCACCAGUAUUCCCAUCAACCACCAAGAGGAUUCCAGUCCCAAAGGCUAUAAACUGGCAUCUUUUAGGAGAACCUUACAGGAGUGCUUGGGUACAGCAGUUAUCCAAUGCCCUCAAAGAGAUGGAAAUGCAACACUUUUAUCCUAUCGCGCGCGAGAUUUUCACAGGUACCCAUGACUCUGUGGACAAACAAACUCUAGCAUUGAUGUUUCAGAAGGAUCUCAGAGCUUUUAAGGGAAAAGACAGGCCCCUCACAUUGCCCAAGUUGAAGAAGGCGCAGCCCGUCUCUAAGAAAAAGGAAAAGCUGCCUCAAUGGGAGACAUUUGUGGCACUCUACUAUGUUUUGCGGACAUUGCAGCAACGAUAUGCAAAAGACCGCACUGCUUGGAUGGAACUGUUUUACCAACUCAUGGAUCUGUACCAAUUUAAGUCCCCCCAAAUCCAGAGGCUCCUACUACAGUUGCUGCAGAGAGAGGCACUCCAACCUCAAGAGACCAUCUAUAAAAAGGCCCUGAAAGCCAAGGAGCUGGUACUUGGUGAACGGUUGUUCUGUGGCCUGUUUUGUGGUCAUUCUUGUGCCCCUGCAGGUCCUCUCAAGUUCCAUGAUGUUGUACCUCUGCCUGGGAAGAGCAAGGUGCAUACUAUCCAACCUGUGGGCAUUGCCCAGUAUGGGUUCCUAGAACUCGCCUGGAAAAGCCUACCACAAGUCAGUCCUUACCUUAUUGAGAGGCUGCCCAACAUCUCUACUCCAACUCUAUGA